AUGUCCAUCUUGCCCUCACGGAAUCUUGGUACAGCGUCGUCGUCCUCUCGCUCGUCGUCUCAAUCUUCCCCUUCCGGCCAUGGCUUCUGCUCCUCUUCCGAUCAAUCCCACCCAAACCCCCAAAUCUCUAAUUCCGCGCCGGCGCCGGAAGCUCGUCCUCCGUCAGGACAAGUGUCUCUUUCCACUAACGAUUCAGGAGGAUCUUCCAAAGAGGUGAAGGGAGAGGAGAUACACAACAGUGACAAAAGUCCAAUUCAGCAAAAUGGAGGCAAAAAAUUCUUGCAUCCCGAUGCUGCUGCUCAUGGGCCAAUUGGAGCCUCAAAGUGGCAAGGAAAAACUUCUGGUUCCCAGAAUAGCUCCGGACAUUCAGCUGGGAAGAAAGCGCAGAUGCUUAAUGCCAACCACUUGUUAAAUUUUCAUUACGAUCCUAUACAUAUCUCACGCCCACAGCCCAGGGCUCCUCCUCCACGAAGAUAUCAUAAGCGGAAACCUUAUAAUAAGGACUUAUUCUUCCAAGCAAACUACAGGUUUGUGGUGCUAGAUUCGAAGAACUAUGCUGUCGAGUCUUUGGAUCCAGAUAAGAUGUUAUGUUGGGAAGACAUUAUCUGCUUUAAGUACUCCACUCCUUUUCCAGUCCACUGUCCCAUUUGCUUAGAUGAUCCCUUAUGUCCGCAAAUAACCUCGUGUGGCCACAUCUUCUGUUUCCCAUGCAUUUUGCAAUACUUUUCAAUAGGUGGAGCAGAUCUUAAAGAUGAAUGCUGGAAAAAAUGCCCUCUUUGCUUUGCUAUGAUUUCUUCUAAAGAUUUGUACACAAUCCGCAUUGAGAAUGUGAAGCAAUAUCGUAUAGGAGAUGAAAUAGAGUUUGUCCUAUUAACGCGUCAGAAAGGUUCUUUCCGUUCUUCUUUUAGAAAUAACGAGAGCAUUAACGUUGAGGAUGAGCUUCUGGACUCUUUCUCGAAGUUCACCUUGACUUCGGAUGUUGACCUAUCUGUUAGAGAGGCAAUGUCGGAUUUGGAUAGUUGGAUAGCCAGAGCCAAUUCGGGCCUAGUUGAUGACAUUGAAAAGCUUCCAUAUGUUUGUGCUGCUAUUGAGCAGCUGGAGAGGAGGAAGAAAUAUUGGAAUGCACAAAGGACUUCUAUUGGUGACAAGGAAAGUGCAAGUCUUUAUGGCUCUCCACCAAGUGCUAAAUAUAACCAUUCAGAUGGUUGUGAAAAAUCAUCUCCAGGAAAGAUGGUUUCUGAGUUCUGUUUGCCUCAAGUUGCAGAGUUCAAUGAAAUGUUUGAAGAUCAUGAAAGAUCUUCGUCUUCUUCAGCUGAUGAUAAUAAAUAUUCGCAGGCCGUUUCUAUUGGCAUCCAGGAGAGGAAAGAGGGGGACUCAUAUAAUUUCUACCAGGCCAUUGAUGGCCAGCACCUAAUUCUUCAUCCAUUAAGCAUGAAGUGCCUUCUACACCAUUAUGGCAGUUAUGAAAAUCUUCCUAACAGAAUCACUGGAAAGAUCUUACAGUUAGAGACAGCGACACAAUCAGAGGCCAUCAGACGGCGCUAUCGCUUCUUAAGUCAUUUAUCCUUGACAACAACAUUUCAGCUUUGUGAGAUCGAUAUGUGUGAUAAAUUGCCAGCUGAAUCUCUUUCUCCAUUUAUGGAUGAAAUUAAGAACAGAGACAAGCAAAGAAAGAAACUUGCUAGAAAGGAACUUAAGGAAAAAAUUAAGGCCGAAGUUGCUGGCAGCCAGUUUGUGCCUGUGCCAAGUUACUCAUAUGAUCCUGCCCCUAGCUUCUCUGUGGACGACUUUGAAGCUUUGGGAACUAGUCCUGCUGUUGCAUCAUCAUCAUCAUCAUCUUCUUGGGCACCCACAGCUGGAGAAAGGCAAUCGUUUUCAAGUGUUGCGAGGCUUGGUUUUGCUGCUGCCUACGAUUCCCCUUCGCUCAGAACUGAUCAAGUCCCCAGUGCCCCAAAGAUUGAUAUGCCUCACGAUACUUCUGUUAUACACCAACAAGGAGGUUCGAGAGGCACUGGGGCCUCUUUUGCCAACGUAGCAUCGAGAACAAAGCAUGUGGAGAUACCGGGUAAACCCAAGGCAGAUGAGUCAAGGGGUAAGAAGGGGAAAAAAUCUGAUCGAGUUCUCAUGUCCACAGCCGGUGGGCGGCGCUAUUGA